UGGUCCUUGGCUUCUGCUGGUGCUUAGCGGCGCGAGGAAUUAGCAGAAGCUGCCAUGAGAUUCAUACAGAAUUGACACCUGGCAGCCUUUGCCAUGUCUUCGGUCCAGUACCUUGCUGGGUUCCACUGUCCAGCUGCAGAUCUGUCCACGAGUAAAGCACAGGUGAUCUCUGGGAGACAAACCUUCUACGUGACCACUGGCUCCAAGUUUGUCUACAGAUAUGAUACAAAGAAGAAACUUACAGUGGCUGCUUUUUUGUUUCCUGCCAAAGUCUGUCAAAUUGAAUUGGUCUCAUCUACACAACAGCUCUAUGUCCUGUGUGCCAAAAAUGGAAUAUAUCUGCUGGAACUGGAUAAACAAGGAAGGUGUUUGAAGGAACCAGGCUCUUCUUCAAGUGCAGGAAGGAUGAAUGUCGUCUCUGUUGGACCAGAAUCUUGCUGUUUGUACGACCCCUCUGUUUGCUCCAUUGCUGUGGCCCAUGAUGUUUUAGUUACUGUAUCUAAGUAUCCAGACAAAUGGGGUAUCAAACUGAGGCCCAUGAAUGGCAAGCCCCCUUCAAUGGCUCCACUGCGAGAAAUCGAAUUAUCAUUCAGACCUUCACCGGGAGACAUUAAGGGAAUGGAACAUGCUUUUUUACAGCCAGUGCUAUGUUGUGUUUGUCUAUGGAAAGAGAAGGAACCGAGUUGUGAUCCGUGUCACCUAGCAUUAGAAGCUUCCCUAUUCACCAGCUUGUUUGGCGUUGACUGCACGCUGCUCAGUUGCCCUAUUAUUUUCUGUGGUUUUCCCGAUGGCCAAGUUGCAUGCUUUCCUUUAAAUGCUGCUGGAUUUUCCAGACCUGUAAACCAGGAACAACCUCUAGUACCCGUAAAAGUCCUGUAUCAUCUCGAGCAGCCUGUAGUUUUCAUUGGAGCAACAAAAGCAGAAUUUCAAUCCAGCAAUACUGCUCAUUCGGCUGAGAGUGCUGAACGUUUGGCCUCUGACUGCAUACUGUUUAUCGGACGAGGAGGACUCUUAGUGACCAUAACGCAUUUGGCCAAUACACAGGGUUCUGCCUACGAGUUCAGAGAAUAUCAUCUGCAGGCCCCUGUGUCGUGUGCUGCUUCUGCCAGCUCCUGUAUUUAUUACAGCACCUGCACUGACCUCCUGUCUGUCGCUGUCCCUCCAGCACAGAAGGAAGUUGCCUCAAGGACUCCACAAAAUCCCAUACUGCCUUCUACAAGUCACAAUAUCACUCUGGUGGUGGCAGUAUCACUGGUUUCCACACAAGGUGAUAUCGAACUUCUGGCCCUUUCUAACAGAGGACGACUCAUGCUUUGUAAACUGUGUCAGAGAGAAAAAGGGGCACAAGUUGGAGUUUUGUGUACCAAUAUGGGCAAAAGGAUCAAAACUUUGUUGUCUGGGAUUGGCACAAUAUCAGACAGGGUUUCUAAGCUAAGGACCGUCCUUGAUCAGAAGACCACCUCGCUAUUGACUCUUAACCAAGUGAUGACACUGAGCCGCGUGGUGUUGUCGAGUCACCUGGCAGAGCCACCUGUCCACUGUGAGAUUAAGGUGUCGCAGACCAGCAUCUUGCAACAGAAACGUUUUAUGGCAUCUUGUAUCUUGAAAAACAACUCAGACUGUGUCCUGGACAGAGGAUGGAUACUGUGUGUUUACUUAUGUUCCGAGGGCUCUGACUCUAGUAUUUCAUAUUCCUUCCCUAUCAGAAGACUUCCUCCAGGAGAGACAACAGAACUAUGCUUCCCUCUACCCGCAGACAGCUGUGAAAAGCUUCGGUUCCCUAUAAAAGUCUCAUGCACAUUGUUUUACAGUUUUAGGAAUAUUACAACAGGCCUCGGAAACUCUGAUAACAACGCAGACCCAUUUGUUCCCCACAAACAGGGAAUUUGCUUACCUCUACAAGAACUUAUUAUUGACUUUCUGCACUGCGUUCAGGUAAACCCCAAGGCUGGCCUUCCUUUCACUCCGGCCGCUCCCCAGGUGUUAUCGUGGGAUCCCGUGGAGUCCUUUUUGCUCUCAUCCCCAAGAGGUAAAGGUGGUAUCAAGAAAUGGAACCAUCUACCGGAGGAUAUUUGCAGCCUGAGAGUUAAUUAUGCAGCACAAUUAAAAGCCACAGUGCGAGUAUCAUCCCUUCUGAUAAGCCAGGCCUUACAGAAUGAAAAGUCAGGAGUCUCUGUCUGCUGUGCUGUGCUCCGCUGGCUAUUCCCGGAACGAUGGACAGGUACAGAGAAUCAGGAGGAAGUGCACGGUGUUACCCCAGACGGAAGAGCUCUUGGUUUACGUGUUAGAAAGGUGUCUGUGGGAGAUCUUCCAGAAACCAUUCCUGCCAUUGAUAUUGAAAUCACAAGCCCUCACCUGGAUGCCUUAGCUUGUUUGCACAUGGCAGUGAUCAGACGCCUGAAGACUCUUGUCCUGCAACAUAAAAGGAAUGAUGGCAACGUCCCUGAACUGAAACUCAGAAACAUCCAAGAGCAAUUUAUUGCCCGAAAGUCAUUGUUAAAAGAGGUACAAGCAUUGCGGGACAGACUCUGUGUGCAGAAGGAACUUAACUUAGACACGAUUCUGCACAGACUUCUGGACACCUACAGAGCAUUGCGUCAUCCGGGGCUCCCUUUCAUCUAACUCAAGCUUGAGUGAUGCUGUCUGCUCCUCGGAGGAGACGAACACUUUUCUUUCUGGAGAUAUAUCAGGACCAAAAGCUUGGAUGAGGCUAGACAUCAAAAAUGCAUGCAGAAGCUAAAGUGAGCCUGCCCCCUCGUGGUAGAAACAGGUAAUGAGAACAUGGAAAAUUGCCUACACAUUUUGCUACAUUUUAUUUAGUAAAUCAUCAGGAAAAAAACAGUUUGGAUUUGUCAGGUGCAUAUUUAGAUGAUAAGUUGCCCUUGAGAACACUUUAUUUUUGUUUUUAAUUUUUUUUUUGUCUCAAUAAACCUGACCCCGCUACUGUCUUGACUGGU